AUGUCGCACCGAGCGAGCGCGCUGCGAGAAAUUCAACGAGAGAUUCAAAGUCACCUGUCGCGCGUGCGAUUGAGCGAGAGCGAUGGGUCGAGCGAAAGCGAUGCAGACGAUGGUGAGGGGUCGACGAGGACGAGAUACGAUGAGAAAGAUUUAAAUACUGCGCGUCGACGAGCGAGCGCGUCGUCGGUGUCGUCGUGGGAGGAAGAGGUGAGCUCGAGGAGCGAGAACGCGCGCGCGCGCGGAGCGAGUCAGAGGGGCGUUGACCGAGGGAACGCGUCGACGACAAAGGGUAAUUUCAGAGUUCGCGUCGACGCGGGGAUGGAGGUUCGAUUGCGAAGGGCGGAGCUGAGAAAGGUGGACGUUGAACUCAAACUGGCGAAGAGCUUUGAGCAGGUUGAGCUCGCCCGGCGCGCGCUCGAGGAGGCGGUGAACAUUCAUAAAAUGUACGAGCUCGAGUUUGAAGAGGCGAGCGAAGAAUUCGAGAGAGAGCAAGAACUCGUAUACGAGGAGCUUGAUAGAAGAGAGCGAGAAUCUAGGGCGGAGCAGAUGGCGGCUGCGCAGGCGGCCGCGGUGGUGCGCGCUGAGGAACAUCGCCGCGAAGCCGACGCGUCGUUCAAGCGCGGGAAUAUGAGCGAGGCAGAGCAGUUUUAUUCGCACGCCAUCGCAGAGCUCGAGGUGAGUGGAAUAGUUUUAGUCGAACCGUCGCAUCUUUGGUUGCGAGUGAAUCGGGCGACGGUGUUGUUCAUGCUAGGUCACGUCCACGAGGCGCUCGCGGAGUGCGAACUCGUGCUCAAAGUUGACUCUGGGCAUAUUCGAGCACUCUUGCGCGCCGCGCAGUGUUGUCUGAAUCUCAGCGAGCUUCAGCGUGCGCAGCGAUACUUAGAAUUCGUGUCACUUUCGCCGAACGCCCAGCCGUCGGAAUUAAAGGAGGCUCUGGCCCAGAAGAGCGCGCUGAACCGAGCAUUUGUGGAACAGCACAAGGUAUCUGGGAACGAGUCAUAUAGGAAUAAGGAUUAUGUUGGAGCAAGGGACUCUUAUUCAAGCGCGCUCGAUUAUUUAGACGCAAUGCAUCUAUCAGAUUCGAUCAAAGUCAAGGUGGGCCUGCUCACGAACAGAGCAGCUGCACUGAUGAUGCUAGGCAAUCCUCUUCAAGCGAUGGAGGACUGUCACGAGACUUUGGCGCUCGAUCCAUUGCACAUCAAGGCGCAGGUUCGACUUUCACGAUGUUUGCUGCUACUCGGACAAUUUGAAGAGGCCUGCACGGAAGCUCGCGAGGUUUUUAACAAAGACGCGUCUACAUCGGAGCAAAAGUCUGAAGCAAAGCAGGUUAUUGAUGAUGUGCAGUCGACACAACAGUUGAUUGACACUCACAGCAAGCUGCUCGUCAAGAUGGAAGAGACUGGUCAUGAGGAGAGUGUCGACGAUUUAGAACGUACUUUGCGUGCGCUUGAUGAAGUGAGCGUAAUUUGCCCACAUGCAGCAAUAGUCAAGACUCUCAGAGCCGAAGCUCUGAGGCUCAAGCGAGACACUUACGCUGCAUCGCAACUUGUUUGUCGCCUUGGCGAUUUGGAUGUCCGUGGGCUGUGCGUGAGAGCGAGGAUUGCAUUCGAUUUAGCUAACGUCUCUGAUUGCUUGGAAAGUUUGCAACCACUGAUCCCAGCGCUCGAACUUUAUGCUGGAAGGGAGGCGUCACAUUUGAUAGCACUGGAUGGGUCGCAACCACCUGAAGAAGUGAUCAAGCAAAUUCCAAACCCAGCAUCGUUGCUUCAAAUAUUGGAGCAAGUCUCUCAAAUAAGCGAACUGAAAGACGCAGGAAAAGUGGCUUACAUUCGUGGAGAUUAUGCACAGGCUGAAUCGCUUUACUUCGACGCUCUGAAGCUGUGCAAAGAUUCAGAUCUGCUUCAAGCGCUCUUCUUGUCCAACAUUUGCGCGUGCGCGCAUGCCAUGGAAGAUUAUAUCAACGCCUUGGCUUCAGCAGGUGCGGCGUGUGCCUUGGCUCCGAAGUAUGCAAAAGCGCAUGCGCGCUUAGCGGCGAUUUACACGGAGCUCGAUAUGGUCAAUGAAGCGCAGCAGAUCUAUGAAUGUUUACUUGACAUGGAUUUAUCCCACGAUGAGCGAGAGAAGGUGCACACCUAUUUGGUCACGAUCAGAGAUCGAGUAAAAGCUGAAUUGCCCGCCAAUUGGCGCAAAUUACUCGGUGUCGGCGCCAAGCCGUCGAAAGAUGAGCUGAAAAAGAAGUAUAGACAGCUCGCACUUAGUCAUCAUCCAGACAAGGUGGUUCGAGGCGGUUCAUCCGAAAGUCUCAUCAAUGCGCGUGCAGCUGUGUCAAGUAGACUCUUCAACCUGAUCAAUGAUGCGUAUAACGUUCUGAGUGAUGACAACUUCGUUAUCAAAUGGGAAAAUGCUCGAGUACGAGCGCAAUAUAAAUGUUCGCAUCCUUGCCAAGAUUCAGUUUGGAGGCGCGCGCCGUUUGCAGAAGCGAAUUCGACUAGAUUCUAA